AUGAAUCCGCAGGUCGCCGACAUCCCCAUAGCUCAUCCCGACCUCGAAUCUGCUCAGAAAAAGGAAAAGCAUGAAGAUGACUUCUCAUCGUAUGCGCCAGAUGAAAAGCCCGACUUCACGGCUCCUCAAUACCAGGAUCCCUUUGGUAACGAAGAAGAUGCGGAGGUCAAAUACAAGAUUCUAAAGUGGUGGCAAUGUGGUUUGCUCAUGGUCGCCGAGACGGUGUCGUUGGGUGUUCUCUCUCUCCCCGGUGCGGUUGCUGGUUUGGGUCUUGUUCCUUCCAUCAUCAUCCUCGUCGGCCUGGGGCUCCUCGCAACCUACACUGGUAUCAUCAUUGGACAGUUCAGACAGAGACACCCUCAUAUUCAUAACAUGGGCGACGCUGGUGAGGUGCUUUUGGGGCCAUGGGGUCGUGAAAUCUUCGGCACGGCACAGGUUAUCUUCCUUAUCUUCAUUAUGGCCAGCCAUAUCUUGACUUUCGUCGUGGCCAUGAAUGCCAUCACCAAGCAUGUCACCUGCUCCAUCGUCUGGGGUGUUGUCGGCAUGGUCAUUUCUUUCAUCCUCUCCUUGCCUAGGACGUUGGAGAAGAUGUCAUGGCUCUCUAUUGUUUCAUUUGUGAGCAUUCUUUCGGCCGUCAUUACCACCAUGGUCACCGUUGGAGUCAUGGAUGCAGGGCAUGGAGUCGUGGCCAUCCUCCAUACCAACCUGCUUAAUGGUUUUUCUGCCGUAUGCAACAUUGUCUUCGCUUUUUGUGGACACGCCGCCUUCUUUGGACUCGCUGCCGAGUUGAAAGAUCCCCGUGACUACCCCAAGGCCAUCUGCUUGCUGCAGGGUAUCGAUAUCUCUCUGUAUCUUGUUGCAGCUGUUGUCAUCUACCGCUAUACCGGACACGACGUCACAUCGCCUGCUCUGGGUUCUGCCGGACCGGUGGUGAAGAGGGUAGCAUUUGGUAUUGCUCUGCCGACUAUCAUCAUCGCUGGUGUCAUCAACGGCCACGUCGCAUUCAAAUUCGUCUACGUGCGCUUGUUCCGCGGGACGGAUCGUAUGAACAAGAAUGACUGGGUUGCCCGGGGGUCUUGGAUCGCCAUUGCUGCGAGUCUCUGGAUCAUCGCCUGGGUUAUUGCCGAGGCCAUUCCCGUGUUCAACAAUCUGCUGAGUUUGAUUACGGCCUUGUUCGCUAGCUGGUUUACCUUUGGCCUACCUGGUAUUUUCUGGCUGCACAUGAACUGGGGAGUCUACUUCUCCAGCCCCCGCAAGAUCUGUUUGACGAUCCUCAAUAUCUUGACGAUCGGAAUAGGCUGCUGCCUGUGCGGUCUUGGUCUCUACGUCUCCGGGAAAGCCAUCCACGAUGACAAGAACGGGUCGAGUUUCUCGUGCGCGACGGCAUCAUGA